AGCCAAUCAGCGUCUGGUUAUAGCAGCCAAUUAGAAACUGGCUUUGAUAACCAAUCGCGUUAUGCGAUUUAUCCCACGUGUCGAAGUUCCCACGAUAGCAGGAAGUGUCGUUGAGUCCGAUAGAGGUCACCGCAGGAUGGCCGCUCUGGCGCUCUCCUAUCCGGUAUGUGGGUCCGCGGGAGCCCGGGCUGUACGUCGGUCUGUACAACGUAAGUGUCAUAGAAUAAUACUGUAACCUACCGUGCGGGCACUUACUGUAUGUACACACUGAGUAUAAUAACACCGGCCGGCAAUGUACACACUGAGUAUAAUAACACCGGCCGGCAAUGCUCACACUGAGUAUAAUAACACCGGCCGGCAAUGCUCACACUGAGUAUAAUAACACCGGCCGGCAAUGCUCACACUGAGUAUAAUAACACCGGCCGGCAAUGCUCACACUGAGUAUAAUAACACCGGCCGGCAAUGUGCUCACACUGAGUAUAAUAACACCGGCCGGCAAUGUGCUCACACUGAGUAUAAUAACACCGGCCGGCAAUGCUCACACUGAGUAUAAUAACACCGGCCGGCAAUGUGCUCACACUGAGUAUAAUAACACCGGCCGGCAAUGUGCUCACACUGAGUAUAAUAACACCGGCCGGCAAUGUGCUCACACUGAGUAUAAUAACACCGGCCGGCAAUGUGCUCACACUGAGUAUAAUAACACCGGCCGGCAAUGCGCACACUGAGUAUAAUAACACCGGCCGGCAAUGCGCACACUGAGUAUAAUAACACCGGCCGGCAGUGCUCACACUGAGUAUAAUAACACCGGCCGGCAGUGCUCACACUGAGUAUAAUAACACCGGCCGGCAGUGCUCACACUGAGUAUAAUAACACCGGCCGGCAAUGCUCACACUGAGUAUAAUAACACCGGCCGGCAAUGCUCACACUGAGUAUAAUAACACCGGCCGGCAAUGUGCUCACACUGAGUAUAAUAACACCGGCCGGCAAUGCUCACACUGAGUAUAAUAACACCGGCCGGCAAUGCUCACACUGAGUAUAAUAACACCGGCCGGCAGUGCGCUCACACUGAGUAUAAUAACGCCGGCAGUGCGCUCACACUGAGUAUAAUAACACCGGCCGGCAAUGCGCACACACUGAGUAUAAUAACACCGGCCGGCAAUGCGCACACUGAGUAUAAUAACACCGGCCGGCAAAUGUGCUCACACCUAUAUAAUACAACACCGGCCGGCAAUGUGCUCACACUGAGACAACACCGGCCGGCAAUGUGCUCACACUGAGUAUAACACACUGAGUAUAAUAACACCGGCCGGCAAUGCGCUCACACUGAGUAUAAUAACACCGGCCGGCAAUGCUCACACUGAGUAUAAUAACACCGGCCGGCAGUGCUCACACUGAGUAUAAUAACACCGGCCGGCAGUGCUCACACUGAGUAUAAUAACACCGGCCGGCAGUGCUCACACUGAGUAUAAUAACACCGGCCGGCAAUGCUCACACUGAGUAUAAUAACACCGGCCGGCAAUGCGCUCACACUGAGUAUAAUAACACCGGCCGGCAAUGUGUAGCGAUGUCAGCUAGCAGGGAUUGCAGUCAGGGUGCUGGCUGUAUGUGUACAGGAAUGAUUACAUAUUAAAUUAUAUGACCCUGGUUGAUAUCCCCUCCGCUAACAUGGUAACACAGUUAAUCUAUGCGGUGACAACCGUUUCCAAUCUUGUCAUGGUGCCAGGGAGGACUACUAAAACUGCACUUUAAACAGCUAUUUUGCUGCCCAAAUAAAUAAAAAUCACUCGUUUAGUUAUUACACCAAAAAGAAAUACUAACUAAACAUGCAUUCAUUUAAAAGGAAACUAUAGUGUAACAAGGUUAAUAGAUAAAAGAGCCAAGUUCUCUUGUAAUACAUGAAAACAUAGGGUUGCCACCUUUCUUGGAAAAAAGUACAGGCCAUGCUAAUUUGCAUACUUAAAUAUGUAUGUGUGAUGUCACUGGACACAACAUCACAAGAUGUUGCGUAACAUUUGGUAGCGGAAAGUUACAUACAGACAUACAGUGAUAUACAGACACAGACAUUCGGAUACAGUCAUAGACACUGUCAUACAUAGACAUACAGACACCAACAAACACAGUCAUCCCAUUGUACAGCGCUACGGAAUCUGAUGAUGCUAUAUAAAUAUAAUACAGAGACAUACAGUCUUACAGAGACAUACAGACACUGUCGUACACAGACAUUUAAACUCAGGCAUACAAUUAACAUAUAAAUUUACAACAAACAUUUAUUUUUAUGUCCCUAGGUGAUCCCAUCUUCAUUACUGGCAGGUCUACUCUCCCUCUAUAAAUCCUCCCUGCAGAGACCUGGCUACUUUAAGUAGUUUACCUCUCUGUGUCUGUUUGUGGAGGGGGGCAGGGGUGAAUAUUGCAGGGCUGUGAAAAGCUGCUCUGCCUGUUAACCACUUCAGUGCGGGGAAGGCAGGCAAGAGGUAGCCAAAGCACACUCAGAGCUUUAGUGAUUUAGGGCAGGACUUGACAAAUCCCAGGUUGCCAUGGCGACUCAAAAUUUCGCCCUGGUGCCUGGGAUUUGUCAACUUUUUACCGGCUGGGCAAACAAUGGGGCCGGCAGCCCUGGGGAGUAUGUAGCCGACCGCCCUGGAGAGCAUGAAAGCGGCCUGCUCAGAGAUCGUGGAGGCGUCUGCCCUAGACUGCAUGGAGACAGCAGGCUGGGGCAGCGCACGUGGGAGCAGUCUACCUGCGGCUCCUCUCUGCUCCCUUGCUCUGUACAGUGAUACGGGUGCCAGAAUAUGACGUAAUUCUGGCCCCGGCAUCACUACAGACAGUGCGAGGGAGUAGAGAGGAGCGGCAGGUAGAAUGCUCCCUCGCACACAGGAAGAGCAGCCCCACUUGACCUCAGGGAAAGAUCCACUCAGCUCUUCUAAAGGUAGGGAGGCUGGAUUUAAAUAAAAAAUGUAAAUUUGUGACAGUGUGUAUGUGUGUGUCUGUCAGUGUGUGUGUGUAUGUCUUUGUCAACUUGUCAGUGUGUAAGUGUGUGUCUGUUUAGGUACCUGCCCCUCUGAUCACAGGAGAGAUGUUUUUACUCACCUUUUUUUUCCAACUCUGUGCUGGUUUCGCCGUGGCUUGUCCCGCCUCCAUAGUUGAGAUCAUCAACAUUUAUGAUCUCAGCUAAGCCAAUGCUUUCACAUAGAAAAGCAUUGAGAGGAUAUUGCACAUGUUCUCUAUGGGAAGCAUUAAGAGCCUCCAUACUGAGCACUUACACAGGACUCUGCGUUUACAUUGAAAAGGCUAUAGACACCAGAACAACUACAUUAAUCUGGAGUGGUUCUGGUGACUCAAGUGUCCCAUUUAAAAAAAAAAAAAAAAAAAAAAUUGGUUCCUUACUAUUUUAGCUGGCUCCUAGAUUCCAAACAAAUUUGUCAAGCUCUGCUUUAAAGGUCUAGAGCCAGGGGUCCUCAAACUAUGGCCCGCGGGAAGGAAGAAAUACAGGCCGCAAGGACGGAAGAGCGACUCCCAUCAGCCACAGCCACCCUCCUGCAAAAAAAAGUAAGAUAAAUUAGCUGUCUGUAUGUCAGUAUGUGUAUAUGUAUGUCAGUAUGUGUGUGUGUGUGUUUGUAUUUCAGUAUGUCAGGAUGUAUGUAUGUGUGUCAGUAUGUACGUGUUUAUAUGUAUAUAUCCGUAUGUAUUUCUAUAUGUAUGUGUGUCAGUUUGUGUGUAUGUAUUUCAGUGUGUGUUUGUAUGUGUCUCUGUGUGUGUCAGUAUGUAUGUGUUUGUAUGUAUGUGUCUGUAUGUAUUUCAGUAUGUAUGUCCCCAUGCGUGUUUGUGUCUGAAUGUAUGUUAGUGUGUGUCUGCAUGUGUCUGUUUCGGUACGUAUAGGAAUUUGUUCAAAUUUUUUUUAAACUAUAGUCUGGCCCUCGACAGUGUCUCAGGGACAGUGAACUGGCCCCCUGUUUAAAAAGUUUGAGGACCCCUGGUCUAGAGUGUCCCUUUACAUUUGAAAUUAUUUGUGAAUUCCCUGCAGUUCUCACUUUAGUGAAUAUGUUUGACAGAAACGUACUGCUCAUGUCUUAAAAUACUCCAUAAAUGAACAGGCUGCGCCUCUGUAUUCUUUAAUAUAAAGUCUUUGUUUACAUUUCAGUGUGUAUAGGAGUGUGGCACUCUGCCAGAACAAGUACCAGUAUCCCACCACAGACCACUGGCUCAACCAAGAAACCUCUUAAAAAACCGAAAACACCGCAAGGGCGAUUUGAUGAAACUGAACAGUCUAGUGUGCAGAAAGACUCUCUAGAAAGUAAGAAUAUAACUACUUUACCAAAUGUUACCCAAUUCGAAAAGAAAUCCACUUUGUAUGUGCAUUGUCUACAUUUAUAUAUAGAUGUUUGUGUUGCAAAACUGUCCUACCACUUUAAUUUCCCACAUCUGCUUUACAGUGAACACAGCCUCCCAUUGCUGUCUCACUCUUGGACCAUCCUUUCUACCCACUUGCUUGGCAAUCUUCAGGCAACAGUUAUUGCAUCCUGAGGAAAGUGUUUUAUAUACUUUUAUUUGGCCUAAUUUUUUUUCUAGAAUAGUUGAACCAUGUGGGGUUUAAAGGGUUACUCCAACUCUUAAUGUCUAAGUUUUUAAAUGAAUAAUACUUUAUUUGGCAUUAUUCUUUAGGAUGCUUCCUAAAAAGUUUUAUUUACCUGAACUUCAGUGCCAGGCGAAGUUACCGGUGUGACUUUCUAAGCCCUUUCCUGCCAUAACAGCAGCUGCGUGAGGUACAAUCUAAGGCUUCACAUAGAGAAGCCUUUGAUUGGACCAUUUAACAAGCUCAGAACAUGCGUUCUGACCUGGGGAGAGGGAGGAGGAAAAGUUUAAAAAAACAGAAGGGCUGCCCACAGGGAUGGAGAGGAUAUCCUUGCUUCCCGUUGCAGGCAGGAGAAGCUCAAUACGUCGCCAGUGUGCAGUGCAAGUUGAACACAUAGGUAUUUUAUGAGUUUACAGUAGGCAGUCUGGAACAGGCUUUUGGGCUGAAUAAGUUCGGUGUCACGAGUGCCAAUAUCUUAUUGUGUGCAUUGUUUCAUUCAGAAACACUUCACAUACUGACUCCUACCAUCAUGACCAGUUCUAAAAGCAGAAAUGGCCAUGGUGUUUGUAGUGUUCCCUUAAGAAAGUUCUGCAAUUUGUCAUUUUAAGAAAACUAAUAUUUUCAACACUAAAUAGAGGAUGAUCCCAAAACCAGCAGUCACUGCAGUAUACGAUUUUGACGAUUCCUAAAUAAACUGCAAUUAAUUGGAGAUAUAUAAAGUUUUUAUUGAUAUUUUUUGUUUCAAUACAACAAGAGAAUCGACAGAAAAGUGAUGUUGAAACUAUGUAUGUGCACAUAUCCAGAAAGACCCAAAAUGAAACUAAGAAACAAGAUUUCCAAAAUAUGAAAGAACUGGGCUUUCUCCCCAACUCGUAGUGGUAUAUAGACAAGCAAGAUGGGGAAAGAAUGAAAGUGAAAGCAGAUAAGGAGCCAAGUUCAAGUUAAUGUGAAGCAGAUCUCCCCCCAUGGAUCCCCACAACACUCCAUCUAGUUUCGGGAGUAUAAAAAAGAGAAGGAAGGGAGAUGCAAAUUAGGACCCAGAAGGGGAAAUACCUCCAUCCAAGGGGAUUCUUUUUUCAGAAAUUGGUCAGUGGUUUAAUUAAUGGCUACAGUCAACUACUCCAUUUUGAUCAGGUAUGACCUUUUAGCAUGUGCCUGGGAGAGCUGCACGACUUUCUAGUAUUUAGCUAAACAUAUCCUAAGAGCAGAUAAGUUUAUGGGCUAUUCAAGAGUGCCAACCAUGGGUCAGGAACUAGUUAAGUCUAGGCACUAUAGUAAUUAGGUAAAAUGGACUCCCACAAUGGUUUAAUCUUAGGACAUGGCCACCAGGACUGCAAGUACGUACCCUCCUCACCACAACUGCGGAAGCAGUCGCCUAAUUUUAGCUAGUCAAGAGUGGUGAAAUGGCCAACACCAUAAAGCAGUUCUUGAUAUGCAUUGCAGAUGUUGGUGUCCACCUUCAAGCUCCUCAUCCAAGUCAGUCUCCCACUUAGAAGUAUACUGUGGUUGGUGUAGAUAAAUCAGUAAGACUACAUCAGACUACAGUAAAGAAUGGAGCCCUAUUUUCUUAUGGAAAUGUCAGAUGGAUUAUAGAAAGCAGGUUCCCCCAAACGGAUAAGCUUGUAAGAAUUUCCACUUAAAGUAGAGAAGUUGGUUAGCCCGGGAGAAUUCAGACAAUGGAAGUUGGUGCUUCUCCACAAAAUCCUGGGCCGUUAGAUGUCGUUUCUUGUGGAUUCCUCUCUGGACCACCAUUUGAAUGCUGAGGGGAAAUUCUCUUGGCAACUCCUGGUUAAACAAUAGAGUGAACACUGUUACUCUGUGCGGAGAGACCACCCACAACCCUGUAUUUCUCUCAAAGCUGUAAGUAGUGCAAUACAAUGGGGAAAUAUAUAUUUUAGAUAUAGGCAAAGGAGGCCAUGCCUCAUCUGUUAGGUUGAGGGAAGCAAACAGGUAAGCAUUGCCAAGGUAGUCUCAGCACUGGAAAAAGGUGAGUAAAUCUUAGAUUUUUUAUUUUAUUUUAUUUGAAUGCACCUGAUACCUUAGUAAGAGUAGAGACAGGGACACUGUAGCAUUAGGAAUACAGAUGUGUAUUCCUAGUGCAAUAGUGUUCCUUUAAACACUAGCCUGUGGUGCAUGGGUCUAAAGUAGCCAAGCUAUUAUAGCGGAGUUGGAUAUUUUUUCCAAAUCUGCUAUUAGUGCCUCUAAUUCGUUUUAAUGUGGUAUAGUUGUGCGUUUAGUAAAUAACCAUAAUACAUAUCCCAUGAGUCUGCCUAUGUGAGAGGGUCAGUAUGGGUUGUGCAAAUAUUUUAUAUCUGAACCUCUAGUGCUUCAUCUAUGUACUGGUAUGUACAUUUGUUUUCUUUGUAUUGUUUUAAAGGAUUCCCAGAUGAUGUCAAUCCCAUAACAAAGGAAAAAGGUGGACCUAAAGGACCAGAGCCUACUCGCUAUGGAGACUGGGAGAGAAAAGGACGCUGUAUAGAUUUCUAAAUUCUUGAUCGUUUUACCAGUAGCAGAUUAUUUAUAUACGUAUUCUUAAUCACCUACGGGACUAUGUACUAUUUUAUUAAUUGUUGAGAAUUGCAUUUAAGGUCAAAAGGUAAUAUUGUAAAAAUUCAACAAGACAAUUAUGUUUUCAGCCUGUCUAUGCUUUGAUUUUCUGACAAACCCUUCUUUAGUGAAUAGCCCUAUUAUUUUAAACAAGCUUCUAGGCUUAAAGUGCAUCAACCAUGUCCAAUAGGAAUAGGUCUUACUUUUGUGAGAAUGUGUAGAUUAUUAUUAACGAAAGCAGCAACCAGAGAUUUUCAUUUUUUAUUUUUUUUAUUUAACCCCUUAAGGACCAAGCUUCUGGAAUAAAAGGGAAUCAUUACAUGUCACACAUGUCACACAUGUCAUGUGUCCUUAAGGGGUUAAAGUAAUCUAAAAAAAUUAUAUUAAUAGCCCAACCGAUAACAAACUUUUAUUUGACUAUCUGGUUGUAAAAUUCUCACAAGUGAUCGUCCCUCUUUAACACCCCUCUUCCCACGUAGAAGUCAAGUAACUUUUGUAAAAAGAAUUGUAUAAAUUGAAAAGUCAAUGUUUUAAAACCACAAGGACUUAAAGUCGAAUGUGAAGUUUUUUUUUUGUAUGUUAUAUGUUCUGUGUAUAAAACUCACUAAGAGAGAACUAAUGUAUUGGGGCAGAGGAAGGAUAUAUAGUGAUUGAAUACAUGGGAAUGUUUCUGACUGAGAAAUAUGUGUAUAAUGUACAACAUGACAUUGUUUGAAAUUGGUGAUGCAUGUGGACUUUUAACAUUUCACAGUAAAACAUGCAAGGAAUGUGACAAACAUUGUUAUGGCAGCAAACCUGCAGGAAAAAAGGCAACCAGGGCCCUUCUCAUUAAGACCAAGGAAACUAUCUAGGUGCCAUGUCUCUCUCGUCUUAACCAAGCAAUGUAAAAGGUUGUUCUGCAAUGUUUACAUUGCAGGGUUUAAAUGCCUUUAGUGUCUGUCGUACUGAGGAGGACCCCCUGCAGCCUAUUCAGCCAUGCAACACAGAUACACAACUUCAAGAAGUUUACUCCUCACCAUACAUUCUAUUUUUUUUCUACAGAUUGUGAUGUUCCCUGUCAAACUAACAUGAUUUAUGUACAGUUUUAAAGAACAUAUUUUGUAUGUCUGAUUUAUUUGAUCAUGUAAUGAACACCAGUCAUAUAUACUUAUUUUAUUAUAUAUAUAUAUACACACACACACACACACACACACACACACACACACACUUACUUACAAACCGUUUCUUCUAUGUUUUUCUUUACUCUAUUAUUCCACCUAAUGGCUCUUUUGAAGUAUUGCACCUUUAUAUCAAAUCUAUAACUGCUAUAACUUGGACCUAUGUUUGUUAUACUUGUUACUAAUAGGGGUAGCUGCCUGUGGAAUGAGGAGGGCUUAUUGUAAUUUUGGCACCAAUUUUUAGGCAUUUAUACUAUUUUUGUUUUGAUAUUUCCAUUUGUUCUUUUAUUUAAAAUUUUCAAGAGAGGGUACAGAAAGGAAAAGGAGGGGGAGGGGAAGGGAACAUCAGCAAUGUAAGGGGGAAAAAAAGGGGGAGGGGAACAUAGCAAAUCACAUUUUGAGCCGACAGGCUGCUCCUCCAGGCAUUCGGGGAUGUACAGUAUACUGUUUGUUUUUUAAUGUUGAUUAUGCAUGACUAAGGACAGAUAGAAACACUGCAUUUAUUUUUAUUUUUAUUUUUUGUGUGUAUCCUGUAUGCAUUAAUAAAUCUAACUAUAUGUGACACCUACA